UUCAAGAUGGCGUACAUUAGCCGGAGAUUUGCUUCGCAGUUGAGUUCGGGACAACGCAUGUUUAACGCAUUUCGCGAGUGGUAUGUGAAUGCUUGUGGCUAUAGACAACUAGGUUUGCGUAAAGAUGAUCUCAUGAACGAAGAAGACACACCAGAAUUGACUGAAGCUGUCCGACGUUUGCCUGAGGAGGAACAGAACUUAAGACUGUUCCGCAUAAAGAGGGCCCUAGACCUCUCUAUGAAGCAUCAGCUGCUUCCUAAAGAGGAAUGGACCAAGCCAGAGGAGGAUGUAGAAUAUCUGUCGCCAAUUCUCGACAGUGUCAUUGAAGAAAGAAAGGAAAGAGAACGAUGGAAUUGGAAAUAAACUUCUUAUUCUUAGACAAAAAUUGGUGUUAAAUCCCAUGGAAGAGAAAAAUUUGUAGUUUGACUUUUGACAUAAUUGCAACAAAGUUAUAUUUAAACAAGUUUUAAAUAGUUAAAUAUAUGAUUAGUACUUUU